UUUGUAAACCAACAAAAAAAAACUUUGAAAAUCAUGUCUGAAAGCGAAAAGCCAAGGGAGACAGGAAAAUCGUUUAGCAUAAGUAGUAUACUGGACAAUAGUGAUGAAAACAGUAAAAAAGAGAGUUCCAAUGCUCCAGCAAUUGUUUCAAAAUUAGAAUUUCCAGACAAUCCAGCUAAAAAUGUUUUAUCGGGAUCACAACAUUGUUUUUUGAAUCCACUAUCUACAUGGUACCAAUGGUAUGCUGCAGGUCAUCAGAUGUUACAACACUUCCAACAAGAAACUUAUCAACAUUCAUUGGGACUUGGUAUCAAAUCUGGCUCACAUGAUAAAGAUAUAACGUCUUUUUCAUUCAAAAGAUCUCGUAGUCCGGAUACGUGCAUCACGAAUGACAAAGAUACAAAAGAAGACGAUUCAGUGUCUGUCGACCAUGACGAUGACAUCUGUUGCGACGGAUCAGACGACGGACAAAAACACGAAGAUUCAAUGUCCGCAGACUUAAAUGACGACGACAGAAAGAAUAGACGAAAGAAAAAGACCCGAACAGUAUUUUCCCGAAGUCAAGUGUUUCAGUUAGAAUCAACGUUUGAUAUGAAACGGUAUCUUUCAAGUUCAGAGAGAGCAGGAUUGGCAUCUUCUUUACAACUUACAGAAACACAAGUCAAAAUCUGGUUUCAGAACCGUCGAAAUAAAUGGAAGCGGCAGAUAUCGGCCGAAUUAGAAGCAGCAAAUAUGUCACAUGUUGCUAACUCUCAUAGAUUCAUCCGAGUACCUGUGUUGUAUCACGAAACACAAGAUUCUGCACAGGUACCGGAAGCAAACAGAAGUUGUCUAAGUACGUCAUUACCACAUGUUAACUAUUGCGAACCAUUAUAUUUGUCUGCUGGUUUCUCACAGAUGAACCCAUCCGUUCGGUCAUCAAUGUCUGGCAUUGUAUAAAAAGGACUAUUUUAUUGUGUAUUUAAAUGCCGUAAUUAUUUAACGUUUCUGUUGUGAUUUUUCGAAUGUUUUUAUAAAAAAAAAAAAAACUGUUUUUAAAGCUUGUAAGUGUUUCGUUUUGAGCUUAAAAUUUUGAUGAUCGAAACGAUAACUUUAUCUUCAAAUAUAUAUGUAAGAGACUUAUAUGUGACUCAUAAAACAAAUUCCAAAGGACAUGUACACAAUGUGUAUGCUUAAUAUAUAAUCUUGGGAAUUCAUUAUUUUAUUCCUUAUCAUUCAACUGUUGUGCAAUAUUUUUUAUUUGAUUAAAACUGUUAAUUGUUA